AUGGCCACCGCAAACUCGUUGGAAGGAAAGGUCGCUAUCGUCACUGGUGGAGCAUCCGGUAUCGGCUUUGCGACUGUCAAGACGUUCCUUGCAGCCGGCGCACUGGGCGUGACCAUCGUCGACCUAACCUCCGACUCCCUCUCGCGCGCCGUCUCACUCCUUCCCUCAUCCUCCCACUCUCGCAUCCUCACCUACGCAGGCGACGUCUCCUCCCCCUCCACCGCGUCCGAGUACGUCUCCAAGACGGUUGACCAAUGGGGACGAGUGGAUGUGAGCGUCCAGUGUGCCGGGAUCUCGUUGCCGAGCAAGAAUGUGGUCGAUAUGGACGUUGAGGAGUUUGACAAGACUAUCAGUGUCAACCUGAGGGGAGUCUUCCUCGGCUUGCAGCAGAGCUUGAAGGCGAUGCUUGCGUCUCCUUCUGGCGGCAAGGGCUGCUCCGUCGUCCUGGUCAGCUCGCAACUCGCCUUCGACGGCUAUCCCGGUUCGGCACCCUACUCGGCCUCGAAGGCGGCUCUGCGAGGACUGAUGACCUCUGUCGCGCAAGAAGUCGGCCCGCAAGGAAUCCGCGUCAACGCCGUCGCUCCCGGUCCUAUCGACACCCCCAUGCUCGCCGGCUUCCCGAGCGAAGGCCACACGACCAAGGGCAACAUCAAGCGCGCGGGCCAGCCGGAGGAAGUCGCGAAUGCGAUCUUGUACCUCUCGAGCGAGAUGGGGAGCUAUUGCAGCGGGACGACGCUCAAGUGUGAUGGAGGGUGGAGUAAGUGGUGCUAG